AUGUCAGCCCAAACCAUUCCUGUCACUUUUAGCGAUAUUGGCAAGUCAGCCAAUGAUCUUUUGAGCAAAGACUUUCCCGUAGGGCUUAAACUUGAGGCUAAAACAAACACUAAUACUGGAGUGACAUUUACUGUUAAUGGACAUAGAGAUGCAAAGACUGGCAAUAUUCAUGGUGAUCUCAAAACCAAAUAUACUUAUCCAAAGAAUGGCGUAACUUUUACUGGGUCCUGGACGACUAGUAAUCACCUGAAUGGACAGCUUGAACUUGAAAAUAAUGUCGCUAAAGGAUUAAAAUUAGAUAUUGUCACUCAAUUGCAACCGGCAAUCGGUCAAAGAAACGCUAAGGCAGGCGUGAUCUUUAAACAGCCAGGAUUUCAUUCGAAAUUUUAUAUCGAUCUAUUUAAAGGACCAAUAUUCUAUGGUGAUGCUGUGAUUGGACAUGAAGGAUUUGUACUUGGUGGUGAAGGAUCUUAUGAUGUCCUGGAUGGAAAACUAACUCGUUUUGGCGUAGCGGCAGGCUAUAAUGCUCCUGAAUAUAGCAUUGCCUUACGUACUUCAAACUCAUUGAAUAGUUAUACAGCCGCCGCUUAUCAUCGUGUUCAACCUGACAUUGAAGUUGGCGCGAAGAUCCAUUGGGACGCUGCUACUAAUAAUAACAGCAAUAAUAAUGUGACUCUUGAGACUGGUGUUAAAUAUUCAUUGGAUCGUGAUACUUUUAUUAAGUCAAGGAUUGAUAAUUUUGGACGUCUUGGAUUAUCCUACACUCAAAAUCUCAGACCUGGUGUCAAGAUUUCUAUGGGUGGAAUUGUUGAAACGUCUCGUCUUAAUGAAAAUGUUCAUCGCUUUGGAAUCUCUCUUAAUCUGGAAUCUUAG